AUGCUCCCUAAAGUGCUGGCAUGCCUUAUUAGGGACAGCUCGAUUUUUCCCCAAACGGGUAAUUUCGUAAUCCCCCGAACCAUCCCUAUCCUCGAUAACCGCGAGGCUGCCCUGCCGGCUAAUGGCGUAGAAUUGCCCUCGGUGGCCGGUAAGGUUUGUGAACUCCAUGUAUUGAUGGUCGAAAGCCGGUUUAGUAAGGCCGGUUAUGACGAAGGCGAAUCGGGAGACCUCGGAGCUCCCAGUGCGUCUGAAGUGUACAGUGCUGUCCCUGCGCAGACGGUAUUCCGGGCCCCAGCGAAGGAAUUCAUCGAUAGAAUACAAUGUCGAUUGGCGUUGAUGGAAAAACCCCUUGAGGCUGUAUUUAUCGGGAACGUCGGUUGUUCGAAUUUCGGGAGGGAUGUCGAUUAG